GUCAAGAGAAUUUUUUGAUUUAUUUUAAAAAUUUAAAAGAAAAUAAAGGGUAAAAGAGUAAUAACGGAUGUUAACAAGUCUCCCAGGUUUCAACGGUCAACUACACGACAAACUUUCACGAUUAGACACUUUAUAAUUAACCCAUCUAUCAGCGACGAAGAUUAAUGGAUGACGCAUCUCAGUUUCGAAGAAGUACGAAUACAUCCGAUGCUGAAUUCCAAACCCCUACAACUAGCCCUCUCUCACAUAUAAAUCACAUCCUGACCGUGAAUUGGAUGCCCGUGAAUUUAACAUCAAUUUAAAUGCAUUCCCCUACUUUGGGGCUAUAAAAUUCUCAUCUGGGCUGAUUGGUCAUUCUCCCUCUCAGUUUUGGUUCCGCUUUUUGGCUUUUACAUCAAAUGUCAAUGCACAGAAAUAUAAUAGACCAGGGGUUGUGUCAAUAAAACCCUUUCCGUUUUGCAAAAACUGGAUAGGUAGACACUGUAUAGUCCUGUAACUCGGUCGCUGUCUAUGGCGGUGAACGACUUCUUCGCCGGAGAAAUCGCUGUAGAGCUCAUAAAACAGCUCCUAGGGACAUGCAAGCGAUAUACCCUUUGUAAACCCAAUGCAGAGCAGCUAAGGAGAACCUUAGAGGAAUUGCUCCCCAUAAUUCAGGAGAUCAAAUACUCCGGCGUGGAAUUGACACAGAUACGACAGUCUCAGCUAGACCGAUUCUCCGAAAUUCUGUGCCAGGGAUUGGAUCUCUCCAAGAAAGUCUUGGCUUGCAGCCGGUGGAACGUUUACAAGAACUUGAAGCUGGCGAAGAAGAUGGAGAAGCUCGAGAAAAUGGUCGCCGUCUUCAUCAACGGUUCCAUGCAGGCCCAUAUAUUGGCUGACGUCCACCAUGUGAGGUUCGAGUCCGCUGAGAGGUUCGAUCGGCUUGAAGGUCAACUGGCCGCAAUGAAGCUAGGGGUGAGUGGCGACGGGUGGUCGGAGAAUGCGGUGAGCAAAGUUGAAGAGAACGAGAUGGACGUGGACUGCUCCAUAAAUUGGGGAGUUGGGAUGGUUUUGGGGAAGAAGAAGGUCAAGGAGAUGCUUAUCGGGAGAGAUGAUUUGAGGGUGGUUGGGAUAUGUGGUAUUGGGGGAAGCGGCAAGACCACUUUGGCCCGAGAGAUUUACAGAGACGAACAAGUUCGAAGUUACUUCAACAAUAGAAUUUUCUUCAUAACAGUCACAAACUCUCCAAAUUUGGAGGAGUUAAAGCUACAGCUUUGGAAAAAAAUAACGGGAAAUCAUAGGUCUGGUUUUGGUGCUCCAGACGUUCCAGUUCCACAACUGAACGUUCAAUAUAACUGGAUGCUUACUGAAAGAACCCUUGUGGUUCUGGAUGAUGUGUGGUCUCUCUCAACGCUCAAACAUCUAAUUUUUCGAAUUCCUGGAUACAAAACCCUUGUUGUUUCGAGAUCUAAGUUCCCAGCAACAGUGAUUGAUUGCAGUUAUGAACUAGAAUUGCUUAGAGAAACAGAGGCCAUGUCUUUGUUCUGUUACUCUGCUUUUGGACAAAAGAGCUUUCCUUUGGAUGCUAACGAAAAACUGGUGGAACAGGUGGUGAGAGAGUGUAAAGGGCUUCCGCUGGCUCUUAAAGUGAUUGGAGCUUCAUUAAGGGAUCAGCCUGAAAUAUUUUGGAAAAGUGCCAAUAACAGGCUAUCGCGAAGUGAACCAAUAUGUGAUUCCCACGAGAUUGAUCUGCUUAAACGAAUGGAAAUUAGCACAGAAAGCCUGUCUGAUAAAGGUAGGGAGUGCUUCCUGGACUUGGGUUCCUUCCCUGAGGAUAAGAAAAUUCCUGUCAAUGUUCUUAUCAACAUGUGGGAGGAGAUCCGUGACAUUGAUGAAGCAGAAAUUUUUGCCAUUCUUAUUGAGCUUUCAGAAAAAUAUCUUAUAACUUUGGUCAAAGAUGGGCGUGCUGGAGACAUAUAUAGCAGUUACUUUGAGACAUCUGUUACCCAGCAUGAUGUGUUGAGAGACUUGUCUCUUCACUUAAGCAAUUAUAAUAGCUUAAAUGAGCGAAAGCGGCUACUAAUGCCAAGAAGAGAAGAAGGGCUUCCAAAAGAAUGGAAGAGGAAUAGAGAUAAACCAUUUGAAGCCCAGAUUGUCUCUAUCAAUAUAGGUCAAAUGGGAGAGAUGGAUUGGUUCCAUAUGGACUUCCCCAAGGCCGAAGUUCUUAUCCUGAACUUCUCCUCAAACGAGUACUUUCUGCCACCAUUCAUUGAGAGAAUGUCAGAGCUUCGAGCUUUAAUAGUAGUAAACAAUGGCAUCGAGAAUGCAGUCCUUCACAACACUCGUAUAUUUUCCUCUCUGGGAAAUUUACGUAGCCUCUGGUUAGAAAAGAUCAUUCUCCCUCGACUAGACAAUACAACCUUCCCUCUGCAAAACUUAUGCAAAACCACCCUGGUCCUCUGCAAGGUUAACGAAGGCCUAAAUGGAACAGACUUUCCAAUGUUAUUCCCUCGGCUGUCUGAGUUCACCAUGGAUCAUUGUGUUGAUCUAAUUGAAUUGCCAUCAAGCAUAUGCAGGGUCUGCUCACUGAAGAGUUUGAGUAUCACUAACUGCCACAGUUUGCAAGAACUGCCAAUUGAACUGGGGGCUCUGAAAUCUCUAGAGAUUCUGAGGAUCUAUGCUUGCCCAGGAUUGAAGAGGUUUCCUCCAGGGAUAUGUGAAUUGGGGUCUUUGAGCUAUCUUGACAUCUCUCAGUGUGUAGGCCUGAGGAGCCUCCCUGAUAGGAUUGGUAGGUUGGUUAGGUUGGAGAAGAUUGACAUGAGGGACUGUAUGCAGAUCAGAAGUCUACCAGGGUCCACUGGGUCAUUGAGGUCUCUGCGCCGUGUCAUCUGUGAUGAAGAGGUUGCUGUGCUGUGGAAAGAAGUGGAACUGGAAGCAUUGCCAGAUCUUAGGGUUCAGGUGCCACAAACAUGUUAUAGUUUAGACUGGCUAACAGAGUGAGGAUGCUGUAUUUCCACAUGUACAGCUGAUGUACUGUAAAAUAAAUUUGGCUCUCCCAGUUCCAUCUGCUUUCAUUUUAAUCCAGGUCGCACAAACAAAUGUGAUGCAAUAAAUUAGUUCUGAGAAUAAAUCUGUAUUAUAAUUUCACCCUUAAAUUAAACAGAAAAUUAGAUA